CCCCCCCCCCCCCCCCCGCUUUCUUGCUGCGGGUCUGGAGCGUGGUUUUCAUGUGAUUUUUAUUCUUCGUUUUUCAUGGACAGUACCUGCACCCUUAGCACUUCCGAGGUGGCUUCUGUUUUCCGUUAGCGCUUUGCUGCACGGACAAAUGCAUACAAAUGCAUUUAGGAGCCCACAGGACAAGGCGUGGAAAAGUCUCCCCCACGGCAAAAACGAAACCACUUCUUCAUUUUAUUGUGCUAUGUAUGGCUGGAGUUAUUGUACAUGCACAAGAACAAGGCAUAGAUAUUCUUCAACAACUAGGCCUUGGAGGCAAAGAUGUAAGACACUCAUCAUCAGUGACUGCUGUAACUUCAUCAUCUACACCAUUACCUCAGGGGGUCCAUUUAACAGAAUCAGGUGUCGUUUUAAAAAGCGAUGCUUAUAUUGAGUCACCUCUCAUGAAAAUUUUGCCGGUUAACUUAGGGAAGCCAUUUACAGUAUUAAUUGGGUUGCAGUCACAUAGAGUGAACAAUGCAUUUCUCUUCAGCAUUAGAAAUAAAAAUAGGCUACAAUUAGGAGUUCAAUUACUACCUAAAAAAUUAGUAGUAUACGUUGGAGGAAAGCAGUCUAUAUUUUUCAACCACAGUGUUCAUGAUGAACAAUGGCAUUCAUUUGCCAUUACUGUUGGAAACCACGUUGUCUCGAUGUUUGAUGAGUGCGGAAAGAAGUCUUUUAGCAGAGAGACUAUUUCAGAAUUCCAGAACUUUGAUUCUAACAGCGUGUUUACCUUAGGAAGUAUGAAUAAUAAUUCUGUCCAUUUUGAAGGAAUAGUUUGUCAGUUGGAUAUUAUUCCUUCUGUAGAAGCGUCUGCAGACUACUGCAGACAUGUGAAACAGCAGUGUCGCCAAGCAGACAAACACCAACCUGAAACAAGCCUUCCUCGCACAACUAUCAUGCCGAUGGGGAUACCGGAACACUCUCCUCUGCCUAAACGAUUUGAUGAAAAAGUACUGUCAGAGGAUACGUUGACUGAAGGCAAAAACAUUCCAACUAUCAUGACUAAUGAUUCGGCCCCAGUGCAUAAAAGACAAGAACACCAGAUAUCAAGAGCUCAGUUAACUUUUCUUCACUCAGGAAAUGUCUCUGCUGUGGAUCUCACAAACCAUGGGAUUCAGGCCAAAGAAAUGGUCACUGAGGAAUAUACUCAGACAAAUUUAAACCCAUCAGUGACCCAUCAUCGCCCCAGUGAGUCAAGAAUAAAUGCCAAGGAGAAAUUUAGUUCUCUCCCAAAUGUAUCUGACACGGCCACACAACAUGAUGAUAGAGUAACUGGUCUGUCACUGUUUAAGAAGAUGUCAUCUAUUCUUCCACAAAUGAAACAAGAUACAAUUGCUAACCUCAAUAAGGCUAUCACAGCAAAUCUACACACUAAUGAACUUACGGAAACACAACAGAUUGUAAACACAACCUUGUAUAGAGUGACAGAUGAGCCAUCGGUGGAUAAUCACCUUGAUCUAAGGAAGAAAGGUGAAUUCUAUCCUGAUGCUACUUAUCCCAUCGAAAAUAGCUAUGAAACUGAGCUUUAUGAUUAUUAUUAUUAUGAGGAUCUUAAUACAAUGCUCGAAAUGGAGUAUCUGAGAGGGCCAAAAGGAGACACUGGACCUCCCGGUCCACCUGGUCCAUCAGGUAUCCCAGGUCCAGCAGGAAAGAGAGGUCCACGGGGCAUACCAGGGCCACAUGGAAGUCCUGGGUUACCUGGAUUACCAGGUCCAAAGGGUCCUAAAGGAGAUCCAGGAUUUUCCUCAGAUCAAGCUAUUUCUGGAGAAAAGGGUGAUCAAGGCCUUUCGGGAAUCAUGGGCCCCCGUGGUCUGCAAGGUGAUAAGGGUCUCAAGGGACAUCCAGGACUCCCAGGACUCCGAGGUGAACAAGGAAUUCCAGGAUUAGCUGGUAAUAUUGGUUCACCUGGUUACCCUGGCAGGCAGGGUUUAGCUGGGCCAGAAGGUAAUCCAGGUCCCAAAGGUAUACGAGGUUUUAUUGGCUCUCCUGGAGAAGCAGGACAACUGGGACCUGAUGGAGAAAGGGGUAUUCCUGGGAUCCGUGGAAAGAAAGGUCUUAAAGGAAGACAGGGUUUUCCAGGUGACUUUGGAGACAGAGGCACUGCUGGUCUUGAUGGCAGUCCUGGGCUUGUAGGUGGCAUUGGUCCUCCGGGGUUUCCUGGGCUUAGAGGCAGUGUUGGCCCUGUGGGACCAGUUGGACCUUCUGGAAUUCCUGGCCCAAUGGGACUUUCGGGGAAUAAAGGACUACCUGGAAUCAAAGGUGAUAAGGGUGAACAAGGCAUUGCAGGAGAGCCAGGAGAACCAGGGUUUCCAGGAGACAAGGGUGCUGUUGGUUUGCCAGGAUCACCAGGCAUGAGAGGAAAGCCAGGACCUUCAGGCCAGACAGGUGACCCAGGACCCCAAGGACCAUCUGGCCCUCCAGGACCAGAG